GGGGGGGGAAGGAAGGACGCGCAACGCAACCAACGACCGCGCGUCGCGUUGCUCUCUCUCUCUCUCGCAGUCUCGCUUGCUUUGCCCUUGUAGACAGACACUCCCGUGGCGCGGCGCGGGCGCGGCGUGGCGUGGGCGCGGGCGCGGGCGCCCCGGCGGGCAUGUGGACGCCGUCGCGCGGGAGCAACGCCGCGCGGCGGAGUGGCCAUAGGCGCAUCGCGGACUACCUCGCCGACGACCAGACCACCAACACCGACACCUCCGACAACGAGUCAUACACCACCGCCUAUGGCGAUGAGUUCUUCGCCGCGGCGGCGGCGGCGGCCGGGAGUGGAGGGGGUGGUAUGCUGCCGGCAUUCCUCGCCGACCAGGGGGACCUCGUCGAGGUCAUGCUGGAGCUCGACGAGGAGUCCAUGGUCGUGCGCAGCGUCACUCCCACCAGCGCCACUCUCUACGGCGGCGGCGGCGGGCAGAUGCCACAGCCGCUGCCGCCGCCGCUGCGCACGCCGGAGGGGGGCGGGGGAGCGCGGAGCCUGAGCCGGUGCUCGUCGACGUCGUCGCGGAUACGGAAGAAGUUCGCGUGGCUGCGCUCGCCGUCCCCCUCGCCGUCGCCGCGCCCGCCGACGCCCGCGGAGCUGCAGCGCGAGGCGGCCAUGGCGGCGCGCGAGCGCCGCCGCAUCCAGGCCCGCCUCAACCGCUCCAGCACCGGCGCCAAGCGCGCCCUCAAGGGCCUCCGCUUCAUCAGCCGCACCACCGGCACCGUCCAGGCCGCCGAGCUCUGGCGCCGCGUCGAGGACCGCUUCAACGCCCUCGCCCGCGACGGCCUCCUCUCCCGCGACGACUUCGGCGAAUGCAUCGGAAUGGUGGACUCCAAGGAGUUCGCCGUCGGCAUCUUCGACGCGCUGGCGCGGCGGCGGCGACAGAAUCUGGAGCGGAUCACCAGAGAGGAGCUCUACGACUUCUGGCUCCAGAUCUCCGACCAGAGCUUCGACGCGCGCCUCCAGAUCUUCUUCGACAUGGUGGACACCAACGUGGAUGGGAGGAUAACGAGGGAGGAAGUACAGGAGCUGAUCGUCCUGAGCGCGUCGGCGAACAAGCUGGCGAAGCUGAAGGAGCAAGCGGAGGAGUACGCGUCGCUCAUCAUGGAGGAGCUCGACCCGGAGAACCUCGGCUACAUUGAGCUGUGGCAGCUGGAGGCGCUGCUGCUCCAGCGCGACAGCUACAUGAAUUACAGCCGGCCGCUGAGCACGGCGAGCGGCGCCCAGUGGAGCCAGAACCUCGGCGGCGCCGCCGUGGCGGCGGGGGCGGCAGCAGCAACAGGCGGAGGAGCGCACGCGGCGGUGGCGGCGAGAGGGGGGCAGCAGCAGCAGCAGCAGCAGGAGGGGAGGAGGGGAGGGUGGGGGGUGAGGAAGGCGGCGGCGAGGGUGAGGGUGGCGGCGGAGGAGAACUGGCGGCGGGCGUGGGUGGUGGCGCUGUGGUUCGCCGCCAUGGCGUCGCUGUUCGUGUGGAAGUUCGUGCAGUACCGGCGCACGCCGGCGUUCCGGGUGAUGGGGUACUGCCUCCCGACGGCGAAGGGCGCCGCCGAGACGCUCAAGCUCAACAUGGCGCUCGUCCUCCUCCCCGUCUGCCGCAACACGCUGACGUGGCUCCGCUCCUCCUGGGCCCGCUUCUUCGUCCCCUUCGACGACAACAUCACCUUCCACAAGAUGAUUGCGACGGCGAUCGUGGUGGGGAUCACGCUGCACGCGGGGAACCAUCUGGCGUGCGAUUUCCCGAGGCUGAUCGCGUCGGGGCCGGAGGAGUACCGGCUGGUGGCGGACGCGUUCGGGCCGGAGAAGCCGACCUACGUGGGGCUCCUCUCGGGCGUGGAGGGCAUCACGGGGGUCGCCAUGGUGGUGCUCAUGACCGUCUCCUUCACGCUGGCCACCCACCCGUUCCGCAAGGGCGAGAAGGGUGGCAGCGGCGGUGGCGCAGCCGCCACCGUCCUCCCCACGGUAGCGCGGCUCCCCUCGCCGUUCAACCGCCUCGCGGGGUUCAACGCCUUCUGGUACUCCCACCACCUCCUCGGCAUCGUCUACGCUCUUCUUAUCGCCCAUGGGUACUUCCUCUUCCUCGUCCGUCGCUGGUAUUUGAAAACGACAUGGAUGUACAUUUCUGUUCCAUUGAUGCUGUAUGUCGGUGAAAGGAUGCUACGAGCCUUGCGGUCAAAUGCUUAUGCUGUCAAAAUCUUGAAGGUCUGCCUUCUACCUGGAAAUGUAUUGACCAUAACAAUGUCAAAGCCCUACGGAUUUCGAUAUAGAAGUGGACAGUACAUAUUUCUUCAGUGUCCCACAAUUUCUCCCUUCGAAUGGCAUCCCUUCUCCAUCACUUCAGCUCCUGGAGAUGACUACCUCAGUGUUCACAUCCGAACAAACGGAGACUGGACACAGGAGCUGAAGCGCAUAUUCGUCGAGAACUACUUCUCGCCACACCUUAACAGAAGAGCUUCAUUCAGCGAGCUAGGCGCCACAGAACCAAGAAGCUUACCAAGAUUGCUCGUCGACGGUCCCUAUGGCGCCCCUGCACAGGAUUUCAGAAACUACGACGUGCUGCUUCUUGUCGGCCUCGGGAUCGGGGCGACACCAUUCAUCAGCAUCCUGAGGGACCUACUUAACAAUAUUAAGCUAGCUGAAGAGCUGAUGGACUUGGCAAUGGAGACCAGUAGAUCUGAGGACAGUGCCAACAGCUUCAGUGUGUCAACAGCAAGUAGCAACAAGAAGAGGGCAUACAGAACAAGCCGCGCACAUUUUUACUGGGUUACCCGGGAGCCAUUGUCAUUUGAGUGGUUCAAAGGAGUGAUGAAUGAGGUUGCUGAAAUGGACAAGAAGGGUGUGAUAGAGCUGCACAAUUAUCUGACGAGCGUUUACGAGGAGCGCGAUGCGCGGACAACUCUGCUGUCCAUGGUGCAAGCUCUGAACCAUGCCAAGCAUGGUGUUGACAUCGUCUCAGGCACAAGGGUGAGGACACAUUUUGCAAGACCAAACUGGAAAGAAGUCUUCACCAGGAUUGCCUCCAAGCACCCCAAUUCAACAGUUGGAGUUUUCUACUGCGGCGCGCCGACGCUAGCCAAGGAGCUGAAGACCCUGUCCCACGAGAUGAGCCACAGGACGGGGACUCGCUUCCAUUUCCACAAGGAGUACUUCUGAAUUUCUCAUAGAAGUAAAAAGAAAAAGGAUAUAGCUUCUCCUGAUCUCCAUAGCAUUAGGUACGGUAACUAAAGAAGACGAAGACGAAGAAGAAAAUUUUUUGCACAGAAGCAAAGCAAAGCUGACCUCUCUUCCUGAUCUGGAACUGUACAUAUAGUAUAUAUAAAGGAGCACACAGUAUACAGGGUAGGUAAUAGCGAUUUAUAUAUAAUUAACAAGCAGGGGAAAAUGCAGGGUAAAAAAGCGUUGCUAAUUUUCGCUAUAGACAUCAUCAUACAGAUAUAUACACUACACAGUAUAGUUUAGUUUACAAUUAUAGUUUACAGUACCAUGCACCGUUCAAAAAAACAUCCUCUCUAUCAGCUAGUAUUCAGCAGCUAAUAAGCUCCAGUUGGCAAUAAAAUUCGGCAGCAACCAUUACCAGUGA